AAACAACAAGAGGAUUCAUCCACAGCAAAACUUGCUUUUGAGGGGGAAUCAAUAAAAGUAUUUUUUUUUCUUUUAUUUUUUGUAGGAAAGGGUUAGUUAUACGUAACACAGAAAUAUUUAAUAAUAUGGAGGGGAGGUUAUUGACGGUGUUGGUCUGCCUUGUCUCUACGGUGGCGAUAGUGAACGCAGGCGAUCCUUACUUCUUCUAUACAUGGAACGUGACUUAUGGAACAGCCUCACCUCUCGGCGUUCCCCAAAAGGUGAUUCUCAUCAACGGUCAGUUUCCUGGUCCUAACCUAAACUCAACCUCUAACAACAACGUCGUCGUCAAUGUCUUCAACAACCUCGACGAGCCUUUCCUCUUGACCUGGAGUGGGAUCCAGCACAGGAAGAAUUGCUGGCAAGAUGGUGUGGCUGGGACUUCAUGUCCCAUCCCAGCAGGACAGAACUUUACUUACCAUUUCCAACCUAAGGACCAGAUCGGUUCCUACUUCUAUUACCCGACCACUUCUCUCCACCGUUUUGCUGGUGGGUUUGGUGGUCUCCGUGUCAACAGUCGUCUCCUUAUUCCCGUUCCUUACGCUGACCCUGAGGAUGAUUACACUGUCCUUAUCAAUGACUGGUACACAAGUGGCCACACCGCUCUCAAGAACUUCCUUGACAGUGGACGCACCCUUGGAUUGCCUAACGGUGUUCUGAUCAAUGGAAAGUCCGGAAAGGUUGGUGGAAAGAACGAGCCUUUGUUCACGAUGAAGCCAGGAAAGACAUACAAGUACAGGCUAUGCAAUGUUGGAUUCAAGUCUACUCUCAACUUCAGGAUCCAGAACCACAAGAUGAAGCUUGUGGAGAUGGAAGGCUCUCAUGUCCUUCAAAACGACUAUGACUCACUUGAUGUCCAUGUUGGCCAGUGCUUUUCAGUUCUUGUCACUGCUAACCAGGAAGCUAAGGACUACUACAUGGUUGCAUCCACUAGGUUCUUGAAAAAGGAAUUAAGCACGGUUGGUGUGAUCCGGUACGCAGGAAGCAACGUCCAGGCCUCAGCAGAGCUUCCCAAGACUCCUGUUGGUUGGGCUUGGUCUUUGAACCAGUUCAGAUCUUUCAGAUGGAACCUCACCUCUAAUGCUGCAAGGCCUAACCCGCAGGGAUCAUACCAUUAUGGAAAGAUCAACAUCACACGUAGCAUCAAGCUUGUCAACACUAAGAGCUUUGUGGACGGUAAAGUUAGGUAUGGCUUUAACGGUGUAUCACACGUUGACACCGAGACUCCUUUGAAGCUGGCUGAGUACUUCCAGAUGGCAGAGAAGGUGUUCAAGUACGACGUCAUCAAGGACGAGCCUGCAGCACAAAUCACCGCAUUGACCGUGCAGCCUAACGUGCUCAACAUCACUUUCCGUACCUUUGUAGAGAUCAUUUUCGAGAACCAUGAGAAGAGCAUGGAAUCAUUCCAUUUGGAUGGUUACUCCUUCUUCGCAGUCGCAUCUGAGCCAGGGAGGUGGACACCUGAAAAGAGAAAGAACUACAACUUGCUGGAUGCGGUUAGCAGACACACAGUCCAAGUUUACCCCAAGUCUUGGUCAGCUAUCCUAUUGACAUUCGACAACGCCGGUAUGUGGAACAUCAGGUCUGAGAACUUGGAGAGGAGAUACCUUGGACAACAAUUGUAUGUGAGUGUUCUCUCACCGGAGAAAUCGCUAAGAGACGAGUACAACAUCCCCCUCAACACUAACCUCUGUGGCAUCGUCAAGGGCUUGCCAUUGCCUGCAAGAUACACUUAAGUUAAAGUAACUACUCCACAAGUGGGGUGUACUAUUAAUUUUCUAAUUAACCCUUUUCCUAAUUUUUAAUGUGUGUAAUUUGUAAACUACCAGUUCUACUUGUUUUCAUAUAUUAUCAUUAACCACAAAGUUUUGCUUC